CAGAAGUGAAAGAAUAACCACUGCCGCGUGGGCCAGUCCAUGGCGUACGAUUGGUUUGUGUGCGUUGACUACCCUUGACCUUGGCAGGGAUCAAUGAUCUGUUCAGUAUUCAGUGACCCUACAACACCUAAGUCUCUCACUAGAGGAAUCAGUGAUCCACUGCAUCCAGAUUGGAAAGCAAGUUAUGUGGAAGGUUCUAUUACAUCCAGGGCCAUUUUAAAAAACUUGAAAUACAUAUUUUUAAACUACUUUUGUGCAAAUUGGGAUCCUUCAAGACAUUUACAUUGGUCCUUAGUAGAGACCUGGCGCGAUUUUCAUGUGGUAACUGCCUGUGUGCAUUUUGGAAGUAACUUUACGUUGGGCAUUCCUGUUCGAAAUGGCUCGUAGUGCAGAAAAAGCUAUGUAGGUUUUUAUAAUCUUUAUUCGGAGUGUUUCAGGACUGCUCUCGCUCGUUGGAGAGCAGUUUAUGUGGAUCGUGUUCAAGAGACAAAGAAAAGGCCAUAUAUCGCCUCCGAGUGCACCGGGUUGAAGGAUUCUCUAUAUUACAGACGUCAAAUUGUUCAUGAGAUAUCUCGAAAAAUAGCUCAAAUACAGAAUCGUGUGACUUAUUUCUUCUGUUCAACGUUUUUACUUUCAGCUAGCUUAGGUGAAUACAAACUAAGGGAUUUGAAUGAUGACAUAAACAAGCUUAUCCGAGAAAAAUCACACUGGGAAGACCACAUAAAAAACCUUGGGGGUCCUGACUUCAAAGCAGAAGCACCGAAAAUGCUUGAAAAAGAGGGAAAAGAAGUUCCUGGCAAUAGGGGCUACAGGUAUUAUGGAGCAGCUCGUGAUCUCCCGGGAGUGCGCGAAUUAUUUGAAGAAGAUCCCCAACCAGUAGCUAGGAAAUCUAGAGGCGAGUUAAUGAAGCUAGUUGACGUAUCAUAUUAUGGUAACUGUGACGAAGAUGAUGGUGUAAUUAUACCUCAAGAAGCUGUUUAUGAACAAGAAGCUAUCGCGUAUAAAAUUGCUGAAUGGAAAUAUCGUAAAGCAUCCGACUCUCAACCAGGAUAUUCAUGCAAGCCACUCGGGGAUGAAUUUGAUGAACUAGAUGAGGAUAAUGCGGAUACCAGAAACAUAUAUGACGUUGGUGACAAUCCGGCUGAUAUAGAAUUGAUGCGUCUUUAUGAAGCAAUUGAUGAAAAUAAUGAAGUUGGGUCGAUUGACUUUUCUAAUGCAGAACAAUUGGUAGCACUAAUAAAUGACGACGAAAAUACAGAUGAAUUAGAUAAUCAUACAGGAAGUUCGGCCACAAAAUCGAUGAGUUCUUUAAGCACUACAGUUAAGCGAGCAUUCGUUGCCCAUGUUCCAAUCUACUCGCAAGAGCAGAUUGAAGCGGCACUAGUAGCCCAGCGCAAACGUGAAAUUCUUGAGAAAUAUAUGUCUAGUGAUCUGUUAGCAAGUAUGGCACAAACUGGGGAAAUCCUUGGCUUUGAAAAUAGUGAUGAAGCUGUAAACGACAGUCAUUUUUCGUCAAUCCCGAUAACAAAUUCCAAUGUUAACGUUGACUUGGAUACAAAUGAAGGAGAGAAAGAGAACUAAAACUUUAUUUUGUAACCUUUUGAAUGUAUAUUUCUGUACAAAUUACAAGCAUUUAAGUAAUGCGAUC